AUGAGCGUGGUGCUCCGCAAUGCCCAGCGGGCCGUGCCGGUGCGCCGGGCCCCGCUCCGCCGUGCUGUGUGUGCCUUGCGGGCUGCUCUAGGCGCUGCCCGCUUCGACGUGGGGCUGGUCUGUGCCGGCAACGGGCUGAUGCGGCGUCUCAACAGCGCCUACCGGCAGCGCCCGGAACCUACCGACGUCCUCUCUUUCCCUUUCCACCGGGUGGUGGCGGGGGAGCUGCCACGGCCUCGAUGCCGCGACGAGUACAACCUGGGGGACAUCUUCCUGGGGGUGGAGUAUAUCCACCAGCAGUGCUGCGACACCGGCGAGGAUUUCGACAGCGUCCUGGCGGUGACGGCUGCCCACGGCUUGUGCCAUUUGCUUGGCUACCAGCACAACACGAAACCCGAGUGGCAGCAGAUGUAUCAGAAGGAGGCGGAAAUCCUGGAAGAGCUGAACCGGCUCACCGGCACCAACCUCCGGCCCUUGACCGCGGGCCUCUUCUGA